AUGAGCAGUGAAGAUAUAAAGAAGGCAAGAUCUGCCAUCCCAUUUAACAGGGAACAUUUGGAGAGUGUCUUAAGACAAAGAUUCUUCUUUGCACCAGCAUUCGACCUUUAUGGUGGUGUUUCUGGUCUUUACGACUAUGGUCCUCCAGGUUGUGCAUUCCAAGCUAAUGUGGUCGAUUACUGGAGGAAACAUUUCAUUCUAGAAGAGGACAUGUUAGAAGUCGACUGUACUAUGUUGACCCCACACGAUGUGUUGAAGACAUCUGGUCACGUAGAUAAGUUCUCCGAUUGGAUGUGUAAAGAUAGAAAGACCGGAGAAAUCUUUAGAGCUGAUCAUAUCGUGGAAGAAGUCCUAGAGGCACGUUUGGUUGGUGACAAAGAGGCCAGAGGUUUAGUCAAAGAUGCUAAUGCUUCUGCUAAAGAAGAUGCCGAUAAGAAGAAAAGAAAGAAGAAGGUUAAGCAAAUUCAAGCCGUUAAAUUGGAAGAUGCAGUGAUCAAGGAAUAUGAAGAAGUCUUGGCUAAGAUUGAUGGUUAUUCCGGUAAAGAAUUGGGUGAAUUGAUGCAAAGAUUUAAUAUUGGUAACCCAGUCACUGGUGAUCCACUAGAGCCACCUGUUGCCUUCAACUUGAUGUUUGAAACUGCUAUCGGUCCAUCCGGGCAAUUGAAAGGUUACCUAAGACCUGAAACCGCUCAGGGUCAAUUCUUGAACUUCAACAAAUUAUUAGAAUUCAACAACGGUAAGACUCCAUUUGCCUCUGCAUCUAUUGGUAAAUCUUUUAGAAAUGAAAUUUCCCCAAGAUCCGGUCUUCUGAGAGUUCGUGAAUUCUUGAUGGCCGAAAUUGAACAUUUCUUGGAUCCUCUUGACAAAUCCCAUCCAAGAUUCCACGAAGUUAAAGACGUGAAGUUGUCAUUUUUGCCUCGUGAAGUGCAAGAAGCUGGUUCUACUGAGCCUAUUGUAAAGACUAUUGGUGAAGCUGUGGAGAGUAAGAUGGUCGAUAAUGAAACUUUGGGUUAUUUCAUUGCUAGAAUCUCCCAAUUCUUGCUAGCCAUUGGUGUUGACGCAACCAAGUUGAGAUUCCGUCAACAUUUAGCUAAUGAAAUGGCACACUAUGCUGCCGACUGUUGGGAUGGUGAAUUAUUGACUUCAUUUGGUUGGAUCGAAUGUGUUGGUUGUGCUGAUAGAUCUGCUUACGAUUUAACCGUGCAUUCUGAAAAGACCAAACAAAAACUAGUCGUUAGACAAAAAUUGGAAAAACCAGUGGAAGUCACUAGAUGGGAAAUUGAUUUGACAAAGAAACUGUUUGGACCAAAAUUCAGAAAGGAUACUCCUUUGGUAGAAGCCUAUUUGUUGAACUUGUCUCAAGAAGAAUUGGCUUCUAAGGCUGAAGAAUUGAAGAACACUGGUAAGAUUGUUUUCCAAGUGGAAGGUAUUGAUGGUAAAUUGGACCUUGACGACAAGUUUGUUCAAAUUGAGAAGAGAACUAAAAUAGAGCACGUUAGAGAAUUCGUUCCUAAUGUUAUUGAACCAUCCUUCGGUAUUGGUCGUAUCAUUUAUUCCGUUUUCGAACACUCUUUCUGGAGUAGACCUGAGGAUACCGCUAGAUCCGUCUUGUCCUUCGCACCAUUGGUGGCUCCUACAAAGGUUUUGUUGGUCCCACUAUCCAACCACAAGGAUUUGGCACCAGUUACAGCACAAGUCUCCAAGCAAUUGAGAACCGAAAAGAUUCCAUUCAGAGUUGAUGAUUCCGGUGUUUCCAUUGGUAAAAGAUAUGCUCGUAACGAUGAAUUAGGUACUCCAUUCGGUGUUACCAUCGAUUUCGAUUCCUGUAAAGAUGGUUCUGUCACUUUGAGAGAGAGAGACUCUACUAAGCAGGUGAGAGGUUCUACCAAGGAUGUCAUCGAGGCUAUCCGUAGUAUCACUUACGGUGGUGUUACUUGGGAAGAGGGUACUAAGAGUUUGACUCCAUUUACUUCUCAAUCUGAAAGUGCAUAA